AUGACCAUUAGACCACAAGACCUGUUUGUUACUGAGCGGCUGAAAAAUUUGACUGUUGAGAUAGGGCUCAAUUUGCAGUCAAAACCGAACAAAAUCUCCACUUACUUCCACACAAUCGCAUCAAGGAUAAUUGGAUUUACGAACGUCUUAAAGAAGGAAUAUGUUCCGUCGCUCAUGAACCGUUUCCUGGAAAAUGUCCACACGAAGAACCCAAUAUUGGAGCCGAAUGAGCUGAGAAAACUGUCCCGCCGCCUUGGAGAGAAUGUCAGGCCCUCGAACAGUCAUCUGAGACAGUCAAAUCCCGUCUUUACUGGUCCUCUGAAGUUUGACAGUGAAGUCGACUGUGAAAUGAGAGAGGAAAUCGCGCUGCCCCCGGCCGAGUUGGUCAAGAUCGAAUAUUCCGGUACCUUCCCUUCGCUCCCGUGUAGCAUCCCAGAUCCAGACGAUGAGGCGCAGGCUGGAUCGACAACAAAUUCGAUUGCGAGCUCGGAACGAAGUUGGUAUUAUUAUCUCUCCAAAAUUGCAGGUCGGCGAAUUGUUAACCGCAUCACUGCGGCCUUGUAUCUUCUGGAUCCAGAAGAAUGGACUAUGAUGCCGGUCCAGAAUCUGCUGCGCAUUGCUGAAGAACUGGACACUCAAGUCAUUCAGGAAAGCAAUGCAGACGAAUUGUCGUAUUUUCUUCAUGCCGGUAUCUGGAUCUCCGUGAGCGAAUCUGGAGACCGUUUCUGUAUCUGGCAGCGCAAUCUAGCCCUCAGGAUCCCAACUUGCCAAUCUACAUCCAGCAUGCCAGCCAAUGUCUAG